GAAGGAUUAAAAGAAAAUACUGAAAUAAAAAAUAAAGAAUUACACAACAAAGGUUCUGAAGGAUUAAAAGAAAAUACUGAAAUAAAAAAUAAAGAAUUACACAACAAAGGUUCUGAAGGAUUAAAAGAAAAUACAGAAAUAAAAAAUAAAGAAUUACACAACAAAGGUUCUGAAGGAUUAAAAGAAAAUGUACAUAAAAAUAAUGAUUUGAAGAAUAACGGUAUGCAAAAUAAAGAUUUAUCCAAUAAAGACAUAAAAAAUAAAGACGUUUUAAAUAAAGACUUGUCCAAUAAAGACAUGAAAAAUAAAGACGUUUUAAAUAAAGACUUGUCCAAUGAAGGCAUGAAAAAUAAAGACGUUUUAAAUAAAGACUUGUCCAAUGAAGGCAUGAAAAAUAAAGACGUUUUAAACAAAGAUGUGUCCAAUAAAGAAAUGAAGAACAAAUUUUCUAGUGGUUUGAAAAAUAAUUAUACCUCUCGAAAUAACGAUUUAAAUAAUAGCCCUAAUCAUGAACACCAAAAUAAAGACUUAAAAAAUAAAGAACUAUUAAACAAAGACUUAUCCAAUAAAGGUAUGAAGAAUAAAGAACUAUUGAAUAAAGACAUGAAAAAUAAAGACGUUUUAAACAAAGAUGUGUCCAAUAAAGAAAUGAAAAAUAAAGACGUUUUAAACAAAGACGUUUCCAAUAAAGAAAUGAAGAACAAAUUUUCGAGUGGUUUGAAAAAUAAUUAUACCUCUCGAAAUAAUGGUUUAAGUAACACUCCUAAUCAUGAACAACAAAAUAAUGAUUUAAAGAAUACACCUAAUAAAGAACAACAAAAUAAUGAUUUAAAGAAUACAUCUAGUAAAGGACAACAAAAUAAUGAUUUAAAGAAUACACCUAGUAAAGGACAACAAAAUAAUGAUUUAAAGAAAACACCUAGUAAAGAACAACAAAAUAAUGAUUUAAAGAAUACACCUAGUAAAGGACAACAAAAUAAUGAUGUAGGUAAUAAUAGCUUAAAAAAUAUGCCUAACAAAAGACAACAAAAUAAUGAUGUAGGUAAUAAUAGCUUAAAAAAUAUGCCUCACAAAGGACAACAAAAUAAUGAUUUAAAGAAUACACCUAGUAAAGGACAGCAAAAUACUGAUGUAGGUAAUAAUAGCUUAAAAAAUAUGCCUAACAAAGGACAACAAAAUAAUGAUUUAAAGAAUAAGACUAGUAAAGGACAAGAAAAUAAUGAUUUAGAGAAUGAUGGCUUAAAACACAAACCAUACCAGGGACAAAAACAUACCGAAUUGAAUAAUAAAAAUUUUAAAAACAAGCCUACUGAUGGAUUAAAAAAUAUUAAAGAUGACGAAUUAUCAGAUAAUGAAUCGUCUGAUGAUGAAAAAUCCAAAAGAAAUUUAAGAGGAAAAAAGAAUUAA